AUGUACGGGAACGUGGAGACGGCGCUGGACACAGCCUGGGCAGCUGGGGAAGGCUGUCCCCACCCCCCCCCCGACGAGGACCCCUACGAGCCCCUGGACCCCUCCCCCAGCCCGGGGCCGCCCCCCAAGGGCCGCCCCUCCCCCAGCCCGGGGACCCCGCGGGUGGCCCCGGUGGCCCCGCGGGUGGCCCUGGUGGCCUUGGUGGCCUUGGUGGCCCUGGCGGUGACGCUGCUGCUGCUGCUGGGGACGCUCGGGGCGCGGCGCAUCUCAGCCCUGGAGGCCGCCCUGGAGGCCGAGAAGGCGAAGGAGCCGCCACCAGCGGCGGCCUCCACCCCGUUCCUGCUCUACAACCAGCACCACUCGGGCUGCGUGGUGGCCGCCGGCCAGUGGCUCUCGCUGGCCCCCUGCGACCCCUCCUCGCCCUCCCAACUCUUCCAGUGGCUCCCCGGGGGUCUCCUGCGCCACGUGGCCACUGGGCAACUCCUGGUGGCCACUGACAAACUCCUGGUGGCCACCACCAUGUCCCCAACCCCUCCCGUGUCCCUGUCCCCUCAUUGUCCCCCUCUCCCUUGGCCACCACCGUGUCCCCGUGUCCCCACAGCCUCCACCCCGUUCCUGCUCUACAACCAGCACCACUCGGGCUGCGUGGUGGCCGCUGGCCAGUGGCUCUCCCUGUCCCCCUGCGACCCCUCCUCGCCCUCCCAACUCUUCCAGUGGCUCCCCGGGGGUCUCCUGCGCCACGUGGCCACCGGACACUGCGCGGGGGCCACCACCGUGUCCCCAACCCCUUCCAUGUCCCUGUCCUCUCAUUGUCCCUCUGUCCUCUCAGUGUCUGGCUCCUUCCUCCUCUACAUUGGCCACUACUUGGGCAGCUCCUGGUGGCCACUGGGCAGCUCCUGGUGGCCACUGGGCAUCUCCUGGUGGCCACCACCGUGUCCCCGUGUCCCCACAGCCUCCACCCCGUUCCUGCUCUACAACCAGCACCACUCGGGCUGCGUGGUGGCCGCCGGCCAGUGGCUGUCCCUGUCCCCCUGCGACCCCUCCUCGCCCUCCCAACUCUUCCAGUGGCUCCCCGGGGGUCUCCUGCGCCACGUGGCCACCGGACGCUGCGCGGGGGCCACCGCCGAGGCCGCUCAGGCCCUGGUGGGGCUGCAGCCGUGCCGGGCCGAGUCGCGGCUGCAGCGCUGGGGCUGCGGCCGGGGGGCUCUGCUGGGCCUGGCCGGGACCCCCCUGCACUUCAACUUCGGCCACGAGCGCCGCCAGCGCGUGCUGCUCUACCCGGGCACCGGCAACUGGAGCCGCUGGCUGGCGCACGGCUCCCAGCGCGACGUCUGCUCCGCCGCCUAUUUCCUGCCCUGCUCCCGGGGUUGGGUGUAUUUCCGCAAUUCCUGUUAUUUCUUCUCCGCCUUCGCUGCUCCCUGGGAGGAUUCCAGAACUUUCUGCUGGGCCCUGGGCGCGCGCCUGCUCGAGGUCGACGACAACGAGGAGAGGGUCCUGAUCCAGGCCCAGCUCCGGAGCCCGUCCUGGCUGGGGAUCCGCGACAGCGACCGCGAGGGGACCUGGACCCGCGGGGACGGCACCGCCCUGGGCACCCACAGCAGUUUUUGGCAGCGGGGCCAGCCCAACGGGGGCAGCCUGGGAGAACUGCGCGGCCGUGGGGCUCGACGGGCUCUGGGCCGAUUAUCCCUGCGGGGACAGCGCCUGACCUGGGUCUGCGAGGGACCCUCCUGACCCCAA